AUGGCCGCGGAGGGGCCCGGGGAGGCCGGGCAGGGCGGCGGGAGCCCCGCGGAGCCCCCCGAGCCCUUCUGCUACGGGCCGGAGGAGCUGGUGCUGCCCGGGCCGGAGUGGCCGAGAAGCGGCGCGGAGGCGGCCGGCAGCCCCGCCUGGUCGCGCUUCGACCGGGCGCUGCGGGAAGGCUGGGAGGAGCGGCUGCGGCGGGGCCUCUUCCGCUACCGCCUGGGCCGGCUGCAGACGCGGGUCCUGCCUGGCCGGCUGGGGCUGGUGGCCCAGCUGAACGUGCAGCGGGCGACCGAGAGGAGGCGGCCCCAGGAGGUCCGCAGCGUCCGGCAGAGCUUCGAUCCCCGGCAAUUCAACUUCGGCCAGAUCGGGCGGGAGGAGGUGCUCUUCUGCCUGCGCCGGCGCGGCCCCGGCCUGGCCAGCUCGCCCGGGACCCUGGUGGCCAUCAACGUCAGUCCGCUGGAGCGGGGACACGUGCUCCUCAUCCCCGACCCUGCGCUCGCCCUGCCCCAGAUCCUCACCCCGGAGGCCCUGCUGGCGGGGCUGGAGGCCGUGCUCCUCAGCGCCCACCCCGGCUUCCGCCUCGGCUUCAACAGCCUGGGCGCUUUCGCCUCCGUCAACCACCUGCACCUGCACGCCUUUUACCUGGACUGGGAGCUCUCGGUGGAGUCUGCCCCCAGCGAGCCCCUCCUGCCCGAAGCGGGCCUCUACCUGCUGCGGGAAGCCCCGGCGCCCGCCUUCCUCUUCUACUGCGGUGACGGGCGGCAGGUGGAGCCGCUGGCCCAUCGGAUCGGCCGGGCCACCCGCCAUCUGACCCAGCGAGAGAUUGCCCACAACUUGUUUGCCACGCGCGGGGCUGUCCCCGAGGGCCCCCUUGGCUCCAGAGCUCGCCCGGGCAUCCGCGUCAUUCUCUGGGCCCGGAAAGCCUGCUUCGGUACCAAAGAAGAAUUGGCCUUCAAUGUGGCCGUUUGUGAACUGGCAGGACAUCUGCCCACCAAAACUGUCCAGGAAUACGAAGGCCUCACGGAGGCCUCAGCGCUUCACAGGAUUCAGCAAUGUCUCCUCCCAGACAGCCAGGUAGCCCAGCUUCAGCGAGAGCUUGUGGACCUCCUGCGAGAGAUGCCUCCCUCACCUCCAUGGCCUUCCUGACAAGAGGGCUGGAGGAAGCCCCCUGCAGGACCAGCGGGAUGCUGAGGUUCCCGCUGCAAUGUGGGGGCCCCUCCCCAAGUGGGGCUGCUCCGGAGGAAGCCAGGCUGAUGGAAGGGGGGGGGCGCUCAGGGGAGCUUUCUGCCUUGCAAGCCUUUCUGGGACACCCUUUGUUAAAUUUGAUUUUGCAUGUAUGAAAUUUGGACUGAACUUGCAAUUUUGAGAUGAGCCCAACCAUUUAUGAGGCAUGGACAAUGUUUUUUACAUUGACGAUAAAGCACAAAGCUUAGUAACUGGUAAGGAAAAUAAAAUACCUCUAGAAAGGAAGCCUGUUUGUGGGGGUAUUUAAAGGGGCCUGCAAGCAUUUUUGAGGAAGAGCUUCACUGCUAUUAGGAGGGAAAUCAUAGACUGAGUUUUUCAUUACAGUAAAUCCAAUUAAAUCAUCCUGUGGUGUCUUAAAAGACCCCUACAAGUGACUGGCAUCACCACCAUCUUCAAGGGAUUCUGUCUUAUUUCUUAUUUGAACCCUAAAUCACAUCAGUACAUUUAGUUUACUGCCACCUGUAAGGAUCAGCCAGUUGGACACCUUUACAGCUGAACAGAGCUGAACCCCUGCUUUUCUAAAGCUCACCUCACCCUCUGCCUUCACCAUGUCCUGGUAGCUCCAAAAGAGAUGCUGUAAUUGUUGAGAGUUAUGCAACACAGUCAGCCACACGUGGGCCUGGGUCACUGGGUUUAUUCCACUGUGGGAUGCUAGCCUUUGCUUUCAAUGUUAACUGAACCAGACGUUUGCAUUCAACCAUACUUAUUUAUGGCAGCAUCGCAUGUUGUGCUCAAACCCAAUUGCCUAAGUCAGCUUUGGUAUGCUGUGACAGGAUAUAUCAAACACAAGUUUUUAGCCACAAAAUCUUUAAUGUAAAUCUAGCAUCUUGUAAUUGGACUAGAAAAAACAAUCUAAAAAAGGGGUUGUGUUUGCAUAAUGCCCAUCUUUUAUACUUUCUUGUCAGUCAAUUCCAAACAAUGGGAACCAUCUUGAUAGGGAGGCCAACAGAAGACAGAGUACCCAGAUCCUAUCAUGGGUGCCCUGUCUUCUGUUGGCCUUAAUGGCCUUUUGAUUUUUCCAAAUAUCAGGAGCUUCUCCACUGUCUUCACAUUAAGUUUCAAAAUAUUUAAGCUUCAGCGUUUUUAUUAGUGCUUCCAGUAGAGCAAAUAGCAUGGAGUGAUUUGAUCUCGUUUUCUUCAGGACCAUAAUGUAAAACAUCCAUUUUUCUUCCUUCAGCCUUUCUCAACCUGGGAAAAAAAUGUGGCCUUGACAAUACAUAGCUUUGUAUAUGGUGUCUCUGCAAAUUUGUUCUGGGUCCGAUAUGGUCUUUCUUCCUCCCAGGUAGUUGCUGUCUCUGUGUUUCAUGAGCUCACGACCCUUGUCUUGAGCCUAGAGAGAAAGUACGGCACUGUUCCAUGACAUACUUUCUCAGUGUAUCUGCAUUAGGCUGGUACCGACAGUCACUUUAUCUGAAAUGGUAUAGGGUCUUCUGCUUGAGCAGAGGGUUGGACUAGAAGACCUCCAAGGUCCCUUCCAGAUCUAUUCUGAUUCAGAAGAUUCAAUAUUCAACUGGCUUUUUACUCUCUCCUCUUUCAUCCUAAAAUUGUCAAAGCUUUUUUCCUGUAAUGUUAAUUCCAAUUUUUAUUUCUUCUGAUCCAGUCCAUCUCAUAUUGCAGUCUGUUCAUUAAAUAAAUUGACAGCAUACAAUUUUGCCUUUUCCCAAUAAAUAAAAGGGAGCUCAUAAAAAUAAAGUAUAUGUAUUUAUUUGGCCUUGCAUACUGCUCCAAUUCAACAGACCCGUGAGUGGUUUUAAACAAAUAUUUAUACAUUUCUUAAUACAACCGAAAAAGGUACACACACUCCCAUGUAUUCUCUUUGGAGAAUGCAGGGCCAAUGCAUUUGAACUGAUUUUUUAAAAAGCAUCUGGCAGCCCAUACAUUUAACACAACCAGGGGAGGCGGCCCAUAAAACAGUAAAGUUGGUCAGCAGAAGAAUUCAUGGCAUGAAAAAGAAAGGUAAAUUUCAUUUGCACAAAGAUAUUUAUCACAUGUCUCCCUUCUUUUCUGUCUUUAGAAAUCAACCUUGUUCGCUGCACUUUUGCCUAUUUUCUUUGAUUCUUCACCCUUUCAACCUUGCCUUCUGUUUCUCUUGGUCUUUCUAACUCGGAGGCUCAGAAUCCUGCUGUGCCUUGCAGCGGACAAUCUGACCAGCAUUCUUUAUUUAUUUAUUUAUUUUUGUCACAACAUUAUAUAAAGCACAUAUAAUGAAAGAAAACAAUAGGACAGGAACGGUAGGCACUUUGUGCACGCCCCUUAUAGUCCUCUUAGGAAUGGGAUGAGAUCAAUGGUAGACAGUUUUUGGUUAAAGCUUUUGGGAGUUUGAGAAGAGACCACAGAGUCAGAUAGUGUGUUCCAAGCGUUAACAACUCUGUUACAGAAGUCAUAUUUUCUGCAAUCAAGAUUGAAGCGGUUAACAUUAAGUUUAAAUCUAUUGUGUAUUGUUGUGAUUGAAGCUGAAGUAGUCUUCGACAGGAAGGACAUUGCAAUAGAUGA